UGGAAAAACCUUUCACUGCUUGCUUUCUCAGUCUCUCUCUCUCUCCAAUGGCGUUCACUUUUCUCGCUCCUCACCCAGUCUUUCUCUCUCUAACUGGAACCACCUCUUCCUUCUCCUACAAACCUGUUCUCUUACCAUUCUCUCGAAAUUCCCGUAAUCUCACGGUUGCGGCGGGACCUGCUCGCCGGAAUUCGUACCCGAACCCUGCAGAUGACGAUCCACCUGAAGCUCCAGAGGAUUCAAUGCACGGUGUAUCGAAGUUUCAGCAGAUACAGCGUCAAGCUGCUCGUGCACGGAAACUAGAGGAAGAAGAUUUCGAGAAGAAUCGGAACACUUAUCUCUCCGCUAUCGCCGAUGUGGAAGACGCGGCGGAGACGGGACGAGAAGAUGAAGAAUCUGGUGGCGAUUUGUUCUCAGAUAUCGAUAGAGCAAUCUCCAUGAAACGUAGUGAGUUCGUGAAGCAAGGAUUGCUCAAACCUAAUCCUCCGAAAACGGCGUCGCUUAAGAAGAUUGGGGAGGAGGGAGAUGAGGAAGAAGGUGAUGUUACUGACGUUGUUGAUGAGCUUGAUGAAGAAGAAGUUGUUGAUUUGGAUGAAAUUGAUAAAUUAACUGGAUUAACCGAGAUUUCUGAUGAAGAAGAUUGGGUUGAUGAGGAAGGUAACACUAGGAUCAACAAGAAGAAGGAGAUUGGGUCUGAUCAUCAAUUUGAAUUCGAUUUGGAUGAUUUUGGUGAAUCUAAAGUGAGAAUUGUGGAACCUAAAUUCAAAAUGAGUUUAGCUGAGCUUUUAGAUGAGAGUAAAGUGGUACCAAUCUCAGUUUACGGCGAUUUAGAUGUCGAAAUCACUGGGAUUCAGCACGAUUCGCGCGGUGUGAGUGCCGGAGAUCUCUUUGUGUGUUGUGUAGGAAGUGAAAGUUUCUUGAGUGAAGCAGAUAAGAGAGGAGCAGUGGCGGUUGUAGCUAGCAAAGAGAUUGAUAUUGAAGAUACCUUAGGCUGCAAAGCACUUGUCAUUGUUGAAGACACUAAUGCGGUUUUAGCAGCUUUAGCCUCUUCGUUUUAUAGUCAUCCGUCGAAGAACAUGUCCGUGAUCGGAGUUACUGGUACAGAUGGGAAAACGACUACUACGUAUUUGAUUAAGAGCCUCUAUGAAGCGAUGGGCGUGAGAACAGGAAUGUUUAGCACAGUUUCUUGCUAUAUUCAUGGCGAUAACAAAUUGGAUACGCCUAAUGCUACGACGAAUCCUGAUGCUGUUUUGGUUCAGAGUUUGAUGGCUAAGAUGUUGCAUAAUGGAACUGAAGCUUUGGUUAUGGAAGCUUCUCCUCAAGAACUUGCUUUAGGGAAAUGUGAUGAAGUGGAUUUCGACAUUGCAGUUUUCACAAAUUUGACUAGAGAAAAUACGGAUUUUCGUGGUACCGAUGAAGAGUAUAGAGAUGCUGAAGCCAAGUUGUUUGCAAGAAUGGUUGAUCCGGAAAGGCAUAGGAAAGUGGUUAACAUAGAUGAUCCAAACGCAGCAUUCUUUGUCCAGCAAGGGAAUCCUAAUGUUCCUGUUGUGACAUUUGCCAUGGAAAACACCAAAGCCGAUGUUCACCCAUUAAAGUUUGAGCUUUCCUUGUUUGAGACACAGGUUUUGGUUAAUACCCCUCAAGGUAUACUGGAGAUCUCUUCAGGUUUGUUAGGACGGCAUAACAUUUAUAAUAUUCUUGCUGCUGUGGCUGUUGGGAUUGCUGUUGGAGCUCCUCUUGAGGAUAUUGUUAGAGGUGUUGAGGAAGUCGAUGCAGUCCCCGGAAGGUGUGAGUUGAUUGAUGAGGAACAAGCUUUUGGUGUUAUUGUGGAUCAUGCAAACACACCUGAUGGUUUGUCAAGGCUGCUAGAUUCAAUUCGAGAGCUUAAACCAAGAAGAAUCAUUACCGUCAUUGGUUGUGAGGGUGAGAAUGAAAGAGGGAAAAGACCGCUUAUGACGAAAAUUGCUACUGAAAAGAGCGAUGUGACGAUGUUGACAUCUGAUAAUCCGAGGAAUGAAGAUCCAUUGGACAUCUUGGAUGACAUGUUGGCUGGGAUUGGAUGGACGAUGCAAGAGUAUUUGAAACAUGGCGAACACGAUUACUAUCCGCCUUUGGCAAAUGGUCAUAGACUCUUUCUUCAUGAUAUUAGACGUGUAGCUGUGCGUUGUGCUGUUGCUAUGGGUGAAGAAGGUGACAUGGUUGUUGUAGCUGGAAAAGGCCAUGAAGCGUAUCAGCUUGAAGGUGAAAAGAAAGAGUUUUAUGAUGACAGAGAGGAAUGCCGGGAAGCAUUACAAUACGUUGAUGAGCUUCACCAAGCUGGAAUAGACACAAGCGAGUUCCCAUGGCGGUUACCAGAGAGUCAUUAAUAUCUCUGUGGUGAAAUCAUUAGAAGAGAAGUUAGCUUAGUCCAUGAAACCAGUUUAUCUUCCACCAUGGUCCAAUGCUCUUGCGAAGAUCGAUUUGCACAGAGGUAAUGAAUUCUACACAAGUGA